CCCAUAUUUCCCGCUCACCAUGUCUGAUUUGUUCACCACCAUCGAGACUCCGGUCAUCAAAUAUGAGCAGCCUCUCGGCCUGUUCAUCAACAACGAGUUCGUGAAGGGCGUUGAGGGCAAGACCUUCCAGGUCAUCAACCCCUCCAACGAGAAGGUCAUCACCUCCGUCCACGAAGCCACCGAGAAGGAUGUUGAUGUCGCCGUCGCUGCUGCCCGUGCUGCCUUUGAGGGGCCAUGGCGCCAGGUCACCCCCUCUGAGCGUGGCAUUUUGAUCAACAAGCUGGCGGAUCUGAUGGAGCGUGAUAUCGACACCCUCGCCGCUAUCGAGUCUCUCGACAACGGCAAGGCUUUCACCAUGGCCAAGGUCGAUCUUGCCAACUCCAUUGGUUGCUUGCGAUACUACGCUGGCUGGGCGGACAAGAUUCACGGUCAGACCAUUGACACCAACCCCGAGACUCUUACCUACACCCGCCACGAGCCCGUUGGUGUUUGCGGUCAGAUCAUCCCCUGGAACUUCCCCCUUCUGAUGUGGUCCUGGAAGAUUGGACCCGCUGUUGCCGCUGGUAACACUGUUGUCCUCAAGACCGCCGAGCAGACCCCUCUCUCCGCCCUUUACGCUGCUAAGCUGAUCAAGGAGGCUGGAUUCCCCGCUGGUGUGAUCAACGUCAUCUCUGGCUUUGGCCGUACCGCUGGUGCUGCCAUCUCCAGCCACAUGGACAUUGACAAGGUUGCCUUCACUGGCUCUACUCUUGUUGGACGUACCAUCCUGCAGGCCGCUGCUAAGAGCAACCUGAAGAAGGUCACUCUUGAGCUCGGUGGCAAGUCUCCCAACAUCGUCUUUGAUGAUGCUGACAUUGACAACGCCAUUUCCUGGGCCAACUUUGGUAUCUUCUUCAACCACGGCCAGUGCUGCUGUGCUGGAUCCCGUAUCCUGGUCCAGGAGGGCAUCUACGACAAGUUCGUCGCCCGCUUCAAGGAGCGUGCCCAGAAGAACAAGGUCGGAAACCCCUUCGAGCAGGACACCUUCCAGGGUCCCCAGGUUUCCCAGCUCCAGUUCGACCGUAUCAUGGAGUACAUCAACCACGGCAAGAAGGCUGGUGCUACCGUCGCCACCGGUGGUGACCGCCACGGCAACGAGGGUUACUUCAUCCAGCCUACUGUCUUCACAGACGUCACUUCCGACAUGAAGAUUGCCCAGGAGGAGAUCUUCGGUCCUGUCGUCACUAUCCAGAAGUUCAAGGAUGAGGCUGAGGCUAUCAAGAUCGGCAACUCGACCGACUACGGUCUUGCUGCUGCCGUGCACACAAAGAACGUCAACACCGCCAUUCGCGUGUCCAACGCUCUGAAGGCUGGUACCGUCUGGAUCAACAACUACAACAUGAUCUCGUACCAGGCUCCCUUCGGUGGCUUCAAGCAGUCCGGUCUCGGCCGUGAGCUUGGCUCUUACGCUCUUGAGAACUACACACAGAUCAAGACGGUGCACUACCGCCUGGGUGAUGCUCUUUUCGCUUAAAGCUAAUUGUAUGAUUUGAUGAAAUUGCGAAUACAAGUUGGAUAUAUCCUGUGUGCUACGGCACUGGUUCAAAUUGCUUCUUGUGCAGCAACCAUGUGACUCAUGUAAAACAUAUCAGAUAACCCCGGAUACGAUUUUACGAUUUUUUA